AUGAUUGUAGCUUCCCUGUCUCAGUCUGGUGGAAGAGGUGGACUGGGGGGCUCUAGCACCAGAAGUCUCUUCAACAUAGGCGGCAGCAGGAGAAUUCCUUGCGGUGGAGGCUGCCAAACUGGGGGCUCUGGGAGUCUCAGUGGCAGACAUGCCUUUCCUCAUCUUCAUCAGAGCUUUGGUGGGGACAUGCAUUACGGCAUUCCCAGAAGCCACACUGAGCGCAGAAAUUACGGUGGCAGCUGUUGGCAUGGCCACGUCCAUGGAGUCGGCGUCAACGAACUCCUCUUAAAACCACUUUGUGUAGGAGUUGACCCCGAGUGGCAGAAUAUACGUGUUAGGGAGAGGGAACAGAUGAAAUCUCUCAACAACCAGUUUGCCUGCUUCAUUGACCAGGUGCGAUGCCUAGAGCAGAAAAACAAGGUGCUGGUAACCAAAUGGAGCUUCCUACAACAACAAGCACUCCCUGCUAGGAGAGAUCUCAAGCCCCUCUUUGAAAACGCCAUCAGCAGCCUCCGCAAGCAGCUGGGUUUCCUGCUGGGGGAAAAGGAGCAGAUGGAAGCCCAGCUGGGCCACAUGCAGCAGAGUGUGGAGGAAAUGAAACGCAAGUAUGAAGAAGAAAUUAACCAGCGCAUGGCCAUGGAGAAUGAUUUUGUUCUGCUUAAGAGGGAUGUAGAUGGAGCUUUCAUGAACAAGGUGCACCUGGAAACUAAGGUGGAAUCCAUGAAACAGGAGGCUGCCUUCCUGAGGUGUGCUCAUGAUGAGGAAAUUGCUCUGCUAGAAGAGCAGAUCCAGAGUGGGACCGCAAUCAGUGUGCAGAUGGACAACACGCGAGACCUGGACAUGAACGCCAUCAUCCACGGUGUUGAAUUGUGGUAUCAGAGCAUUGCACACAGGAGCAAAGAAGAAGCCAAUGCUUUCUACCGAAACACGUGCCAGGAGCUCCAGAACCAGAAGAGCCAAAUGAGCGAUGCUCUGAAGAUGAGCAAGUGUGAGAUGGCGGAGGCGAGCCGGGCGGUACAGAGACUCCAAUACGAAGUAGACAGAGGCAAAAAGCAGGUUGCUUGUCUGCAGUCGGCCCUCUGCGACGCUGAGAAGCGUGGGGACUGCGCCCUGAAGGAUGCCCAAGAAAGACUUGAGGAGCUACAUGGCGCCCUCCACGAGGCAAAGGACCAGCUGGCAGCCUUGCUGUGGGGCUUCCGGGAGCUCCUCAACCACAAGCUCGCUCUGGAUAUCGAAAUAGCGACGUACAAGUCACUGCUGGAGGGAGAAGAAAACAGGUAUUGCUCCAGGACCUCCUACUGA